ACGCCACGCGCGUGUCCACACUAACCUAAAAAAAUGAAAUAUUUAUCUAUUUUUUGUUCGUGUUAUUUGUGAUAAGAUGGCAGAACAAAAAGUGGGCUCGCCGAAUUUUCUUCCUGCGAAAAAAGAAUCGCUCUUAAAAAUAGUAACUAAAUAUAAAGGAAUCAUUGAAAAUAAAGAAACAGAUUCUGUAAAUACAAAAUUAAAAUCUAAUUUCUGGGAAAAAAUAGCAAUUGAGUUUAAUUGCGAUGAAGGAAUAGUGCAUCGUGAUGCUAAAAGCUUAAAAAUUUUAUGGGAAAAUUUGAAGCGGAGUACCAGAAAUCAUUUUUAAGAAGUGAAGAAGCAAGUGCAUCUGACAGGAAGUGGCAAAGUGGUUAUUUCUGCGAGUGAAAAAAAUGCCCUACUAUUUGAGCGCGUGUAGCCACUCACAGAAGCAUCGAUGAUAGGUUUACCGAACCUGUUCGAUAAUGACUGCGUACCAGCCCUCGACGAUGUUGCAUACGCCAAAUUAUUUCAGAGUCAGAAGCCCGUAGAGCCCUUGGAAGGAAAUGGAGAGGAUAAAGUUAUGCGGUUUGAGACAUGGCUGGUACAUUUUCAGAAUAUGGAGAAUGUACUGCUAGAGCCAUCAUCAUCUUCUCACAGUGAGGAAACAAAUUUAGAUCUAAAGGAAGGCGAAGCGGGCCCAAGAAGAUGGUACUGGAAAUGUAAGUUUUGCGACUUCAACUGGAAAAAGAAAAGCUUCAACUGCAAUUUCUAAGACAAUAGGCAGGAAAUUGCUUAAAAGUAGAGUAAUUGUGCACUCUCUACAAUAAAUUUAAGGUUUAUAGAUAUUCUAUUAUUAUAUUGGCAACAUAUAUUUUCUGUUAUAAAAGCAGAGACGUAAAUUUCAUGAUAAAUUUCUUGAUUCCCAUGAAAUUUGCGAACUCACUAAAGUAAAUAUCAUGGAAAUUCAAACAAUUUUAAUGAAAUUCACGUCUACUCGUAGCCAUAAGUUUUCUACAAUGUCUAAUUUAUUGCAAAUAUAUAUUUUCUGUUAUAAAACUAGAGACGUAAAUUUCAUGAGUAAUUUUUUGAUUUCCAUGAAAUUUAAGAACUCGCUAAGGUAAAUUUCAUGGAAAUUAACAAAUUCUCAUGAAAUUUUCGCCUAGUCAUAGCAAUAAGGUUUCUACAAUGUCUAUUUUUCUACAAAUAUAUAUUUUCUGUUAUAAAAGUAGAGACGUAAAUUUCAUAAAAAUUACAAAAUUCUCAUGAAAUUUACAUCUAGUCGUUGGAAUAAUGUUCCUUUAUUUUGUAUUAGCACUAUCAAACUGUUCUCAUUCCAAAUUUCAGUUUAUAAAUAAAGCUCUUCAUUUACCAUUUUCUUUUACUAAACAAUAGGCAAAAUU